CUCGACUAAAAAGCUCGUCUGGCCUCCCUCCUCCGUCCUUCAGACACCGUCGUCCCGCGGCUUCCGACAGUAUGGUGACCUACCAAGUAUCUUUGGGUCGCUCGCUGGCGGUGGAGCCCAGGACAAGGCAGCAGAAGAAUGCCUCUUCUUCCAGCUCGCUGGUGUCAGUCAAGUACAACUUCAAGCCACCUUCCAUCUCAUCUAGCUCGCCUGGAUUGCUUCAUGUCGAAGAGAGCAAGGGGCGAGACAGCGGCUCCAACCCUCAGUGGACGCUGGAGUUCGCUGGCACGGGACAGACUGCCCAUGGCUUCUCGGGCCAUCAGACGGCAGCAAAGGAUGUCGAUUGCGUCCUCGUAUGGGACAACAAGACAAACACGUAUGUCCUCGAUCGACUAGCAUCGACGUUUUCUCUCAAGUACGACAGGGGUCACUCGUCCCUGACUCCUUCUGCGUCGCAGGCGCUUGAGUCGAGAGCGCGCCCCUCGCAGUCGAUCUCGGAAGAAACACCAAGGGAUACAAAGCGCGAAAGACCCCAAGAGUCAUUAUCUAACCGGGGGGCUCGAGAUACGAUGCAAGAAGAGGUUGGCGUGUCUUCUGAGGCGAAGAGUCAGCGCAUCGAUGACAUUGACGAGGAAGAACACGACCGGGAUGGACCAGGUGCCUCACAAGAGCCUGCUAUUGAUGAUGAUGAAGAAGACUUUGACGACGAAGAAUUGGCUAGGCAAAUUGAAAUGAGCUUCGAUGCUCAUGCACAGCAGGAGAAGGAGAGAGAAGCAAAAGAAGCUGCAACAUCUGCCAAUGCCGCUGCUUCUCCGAGACCGACGACAGGUCUCGGUCUCAUCGAUGAGGACAAUGGAUUGGCCAUCGUCGAAUCGUCGCAAAUCUCUCCGCCACGGCCCCCUCCUCAGAUGUCUCUUCCAACACGGGCUGUGAAGGAGCUUGCAAAAGAAGAUGGUAGAGGGACAAGGUCGCCUGCUGUGACGGCAACAAGACCCGUACCAAUCCUGGGCAGCCCGGCCUUGGGAGCCCAUCGUAUUACGCCAGCCGUGUCGCCGAGCAGCGCCGUGAACUCUCCCCGGAUAGCUGCCGAACCGUUGUCCGGCGCAAAUACCAACUGGAAGCCUCCCGCUCAGCGGGGUCCUGUCAGGUACGAUGACGAUGAUGAUGACGACGACGAUGAAGACGAGGACGAGGACGAGGACGAAGAAGAAGAUGACGAGGAAGAGGAAGAAGACGGAGUGGGAGAGGCAGGGGCGGCAGACGAAGAGAUGGAUGAAGGCGACCUCGAGGACUUUGCAAGGCAGCUAGACAACAGUUUCUCGGAACCCGCCGUCAAGGCCGUCCAAGCAACAGCAGAGACAGGCAAUACAAAGGCGAGAGGACGAUCAUCGCGGGGCAACAAGUAGGAAUCAAUCGCAUGUUGCCAGGAAACAUCUGUACAAUACCACAUGACUAUUC